UCUCUCUUUCGUGUUCGGCCAUAACCAGAGCUCUAGAAACUGCGCGUGCCGUCGCAUACAGCUCAUCCAUUCGUGCCCGCAAGCUCUUGUUGGAGCGAAAAUGAAGGUUAUCGCUGCCUACUUGCUAGCUGUUUUGGGAGGCAACACCUGCCCCUCCGCCAAUGAUUUGAAGGACAUUCUAGGAUCAGUUGGAGCUGAGGCUGAUGAUGAUAGGAUAGAGUUGCUCUUGUCCGAAGUCAAGGGAAAGGACAUAACUGAGCUGAUUGCUGCCGGAAGGGAAAAGUUGGCCUCAGUGCCCGCCGGUGGCGGUGGCGCUGUGGCCGUCGCUGCGGCUCCAGCAGGUGGUGCUGGUGGUGGCGCUGCUGCCCCAGCUGCCGAGGCAAAGAAGGAGGAGAAAGUCGAGGAGAAGGAAGAGUCUGACGAUGAUAUGGGCUUCAGUCUCUUUGAUUAAGAAUGCGGAUGGCAAUUUUUGCUUACAAACGUGUGUCGUGGAUAUAGGCGCAAACAUGCGGUCUCUGUAGUCCAUAGUUAGAAUUUCUUGUUUUUCUCUUCUGUUUGAUGCUGGACUUCUUGAAAUUUUUGCUUACCCUAAUGAGAUGUUUUGGGACAUGGGAUUAAUUUUUCCCCUGAA